UGGGUUAUCCGGGGUGAGGAUCCGACCCCGGCUGAACCGAUGAGCAGGGAAAGAAACGACAGAAAGCUGUGGAGGAGCAGAAACAUUCCGGCGACUUGUGAAGCUCCACAUGUCUCCUCCUCUCUCUGAAUGAGGAGAUUCUCAUCACAGGUUCAGCAGCUGUUUGUUUUGUGGUACCAUUACAGCACACUUUACCCUGAACCACCAACUCUCAGCAAGUUCCUCACACACUCACAGCUCCCCCAAGUGUCAAAUCAGUGUUUGAACAUGACAGGUCGGACUGUGGGAGGCAUCAUCCAGGACCUGUCAGUGCCCUCACUGCUGGCCGUGGAGGGACCGGAGUCCAGGCCUCAGGGAAGGGCUGUGUCCUUCACUGAUGAGGCUGUUUCCAUCCUGACUUCCACAAGCCAGCUGGCCCAAACCCUCCUGAGUCACACCUUUGCCCUCAAACACAAAGAGAGCCUUGCCAACGCUGAAGCGAAGGCUGGUAGCAGCUGCAAUGAAGACAACGGCAACAAUGCACGCUGCAAACGAGAGUUCAUCUCUGUGGAGAAGAAAGAUGAUGGCUAUUGGGACAAGAGGAAAAAAAACAACGAGGCAGCCAAGCGGUCCAGAGAGAAGAGGCGAGCCAAUGACAUGGUGCUAGAGAGGCGAGUCAUGGGCCUGCUGGAGGAGAACGGCCGCCUGAGGGCCGAGCUGUUGGCGCUGAAGUUUCGCUUCGGCCUGGUCAAAGACUCAUCUGACGUUUCCAUCCUGCCGCUGCCUGCACCCCUCUGUGCUCACCCAACACCAAGAUCAACACAUUUCUACCAACCUCACACUGAUGGACCCCCAUACCCCAACACAGCGCCCGGCACCCAUCACAUCCACCCUCACCCUCCACAGCAAGGGGCCAUCCAUGAACCGAGGGGAGGCAGGCCUCUUUCCACUCAUAGUGUAUCCGAGGAGUCCGGUGUCUCCACCUCAUGUGGCUCAAAUGUGGGCAGCCCUGUGUUUUUUGAUGACGCACUAAGUGAGCGUAGUGGGCCUUCUCCGAGGGAGCUGACGGAGGAGCAGCAGGGCUACGACUCUCACAUCUGUCCCAUGGAGGCCAACGGGAGUCAAUACGUCAGCAGACAAUACUCACCUGAGGGUUUGAGGAGCCUCCCACAUAAGCUCCGCUUCAAAGGGCCUGCUGGUUGCAGCGAUGGAGGGGAGAUGUCUCCAUCAUCUGACACCAGACACAGUGGACCACCUGUAGCCACAGUGUGGCCAAACAUCCAGGUGAGGAACUACCAGCAGGCGGGAUGGGACAAUCGGACAGAGAGUCGGGCUCCUUGGUCCAGGGAAGAGGCCUGUGGUGGAGCAGGGCAGCAGUAUCAGGGUCCGUCAGCUGCACAUUAUAAGUCCUCCUCUCCGCAGAACUCCAGGGACACCAAGAAUUCAACAGAGGACGUCAGUCUCAGGUCUCAGAUCAGCUGUUUGUCCCAGGAAGUGGCCCAUCUCAAGAGGCUCUUCUCUCAACAGCUGCUUUCCAAAUCGCUUGAAGCCUGAGCACAGUUAAUAGACAUGUUUCUCACUACAUCUUCACGAGCCAUUGAUCUUACCGACUUCUGACUUACACACGACAGCACGGCCUCUGUGUUCACAGCUACCUCUGACCUGACUGUCCUUAUUUGCGACACCUGUGUCACUGGGAAAGCCUCGUGUUGGAGCCUGUUUGUUCUGUGAUGGUCAGCACACCGCUAGCAGAAAACACCUACGUUUUUAACUUUUAAGUAAUCGAUGCAAAAGUCAAAGUGAUUUCUGUGUUGACUCAUCAUAUGAUGCUGUUGAGUUCCUGUGAUUUGAAGGACGCUGUACAUUUCUGAAUACUCAGAAACACUGAACAUGUUCGAGACAACACAAAGCACACGCUUACAAUUUGUCACACGUCAGUCUCACCGUGUUCACUUGACUCUGAUGUGGAAAUGACGUUUUUUGUCUUCUUUGGAACAACAUGUAGUUUGUUGGCUUUUCAACACAAACACUGAGUAUCAAUAUAAUAUAAUGUGCUGUCCCUUAGAAGAAGAAAAAUUACUUUUGACACUUCUUUUGCAUAAUUGUGUUAUUGUUUUUGCGAUCUUUAAAUUGUCUAAAUUGACAGCAAGGUGUCAUAACUGUGUAUUUCAUUGUUGUUCAGAAUUAUAAUAUAUAAUAAAUUAACUGUACUUGGAAAUAUAAUAUUUUGUACAAAAUUUUGUGCUUUAAGAGACACAGCCAUAAUCAUACAUUAUGCAAGAGAGUUUUAAGCUUAUUUAAAAAAAAAACAAAAAAACAGCAACUGCAUUUUGCAUUACAUCACAGAUCAGGAGAGACCUGGGUAAAAAACAACAACAACGACUCCAGCUGGGGCAGAGAGAGCGAUUGAAGGUGUGGCACUGGAGUGGAGAGGUGCACUGCGCAAAAGUGUGAAUAUGUCACAAAUGUAUUUUUUUUCCAGCCCUUUUCUUUUGAAUUUCAUGUAUGGCCUUCACCUCCUUUGACGAAUGCUUUAAAACAGAAUGAAGCCCACCCUGGUGUCAGCCCCCCCUCACUGAACUAAGGUCGCUGAAAUGAGGGGACAGUGCCAGGGAGCGGUGUUAGGAUGCAGGGAGAGGAGUGAGACUCUGCAUGAGUCAUCUAUCACGUCAGCAGUAUGAAAGCUAUUUAUAGCAAUGAAGCAGCUGUGGUGGAGACUGGUUGGCCCAUAUGGAAGUGAAGGGUACAGGUUCAGAAUACAUUAACACCUGGAAAGAGUUCAAAUCUGCAGAUAGACAUCAGAAGAGCUGCUGCGAAAUGCAACCUGAUAGCAGCUGGGGGCAGAACGCAGCAAUGCGUACGCUGCAUUACGAGUUAUGGGCUGAACAUAUGACUGAAUGCCAUUAUUCUUGAUUAAAGUAUCACAUUCUUGAACGUUUCAGUAUCAGUCAUUUUUUAUCAACACCAGGUGGCGCCAAGUGUCUUCAUCAGCACGGAUCACGACUCAUUCAUUCAUUCAUUCAUUCAUUCACAGCAGUGCUACUAGAGGUCGUCUCCUCCAUGGUGCUGGCCGUAGUACCACAUGUUGCACAACAAGCGAGGAUGUCAUUAUGUGUGGAAAGGACAGCAAAUGACCCAACGCAAGAAUCAGGCUGGAGCUUGACAAUGACAUGCACGUGACUUAUACGGAUUAAAUGUAACGCUGACAUGUGACGUUAUACAGGCAACACAGCUGCAGAGACUCCUCCUGUACAGGCUUCAGCCUGGACGACAACAACAACA